CAUAAAUCUGCGCUGAGCUGAGGUGGCGUUCCAGUAGAGGUUGUGAUCCGGCUGCUCACCUGAAUCCCCUUCCGGAGCUCUAACCAUGACCAAACUUCUCCAGUGGCUGUUUGGUGUGUCGCUGGUCGGUACAGUCUGGGCUCUGGUCUCUUUCGACCUGUUGGACCUGAGUCUGCCGCAGGCAUACAGGGAUGUUGCCUGGCCGAUGCCUCUCUAUCUGCUGGUUUCUUUUGGGUGCUACUCCCUGGCCACGGUGGGAUACAGGGUGGCCACUUUCAACGACUGUGAAGAGGCAGCGAAAGAACUGCAGGAGCAAAUAAAGGAAGCCAAAGAGGACUUGAGAAGAAAAGGACUGAAGAUGUAGAACUUUAAAAAGACAAUGUGGAAACCAAAACAGACUGAAAAGGGAAACACGGACUAUUUACAUCACAACACCGUCUGCUGUUGUGAUGUCUGAGUUACUAACAACAGUCUUGUGUCAGUUUCCAGCCUUUCAGAUUAGAUAUUGAUCAGUUAUGCUUCAGGGAUUAGAUGUGAGUAGAAUGAUGGGAUGAUUUUCUGGGUUACACAUAGUGACAGCACAUCAGUUUUCAACUAUUAAAAUUUCAAAACCUCUGGUAUAUAGCUACUAAAUGACAUUAAUCAUUGGUUGCAGGUAGAUUUACUUGUAAGCUAAAUAAAAUAAGAAACAGUAGACAUCUUGCACUAGAACAUACUCAUUUGGCUGCCAGCCAAAAUAGUUGUAGAUUCACAAGCCUUAAACUGGCAUGUGCUUCCAGAUGUUUAUUUUCUACCUGUUCCUGUAUUAUUUAGGGAAUUUUAAGUUGUUUUCUUGAAGUAGUAUUAACUUUUGCCGGAUAAGAAUGCUGUUUUCCCCAUAAAAAUGAGUAUAUAACUUAAAUAAAUUCACUGAAUCAGCUAAUAACUGGCAAACAAACAUUUUUUCCCAUUAUGAUGAGAUAAAUAAGCAUAGAUUUGGUUAAAAACAACAGAAAUGUGCGUGUUAUCACAGGAAAAAUGAAGAAAAAUGCAUUUGUUUGCAUGUUUUUCCACUUAGGGCUUCUAUAGAAGAUCACAAAAAUGCUACCAAGUAAAAACAAAUAGGUCGCACUGGAAAACGAACUCUCUAAUACUCCAGUCUGUGUCAGCUAGAAGAAUUCAACCCACUGUGGAAUUAGUGUGUGGAGAUCAUAGCUUGUCAUGAAAGAUGGACUAGAUUUAAUCUGUUAAAAAUUGUACAUUCCACUGUCCAAUUUCAGACUUGUGCCCUGGGGCUAUUGCUGAGACUUUAUUAAAUUUGAGUAUAUUUU